AGAGAGGUAGGUGGCAGUGUAUGCACCAUUUGAGUGAAUACCCACCAACGCAUUUCAGAAGAAGAAAUCCAAGGGUGCUAUCGAUAUUUACAAAUUGAUCAAGGAGCGCUUCUUGGCGGAAAUUUGGGUUGGCGAUGGACACAUUUGAUGGCAAUACCAGUGAAGACACAAAUGAAGCCGAGACUAUUGGUGUGCAGAGCCUGUAUUCGACGCUCGGCUUAUCAUCAGAAGAUUUGGGUGUACUUGCUCAGAUUCCUGAAAGUGAAAUCAGCGUAGAAACCCUCCCUCAUCUAAUCAUGCAGCUCAAGGCGAAGAGAGCCCAUGAAGAGUCAGCUACCGCAGACACCGACUACCGAGACAAGUCCGGAAUUUCACAGGACAAGCUGAAUACACCUGAAAGAUGCACCAGUGACAGAUGCAGAAGCCCAUUGACUUCCAGCUCAGCGCGGCGCUCUGGGAGCCAUGGGAGCCAUGAGCAUCAUGGGAGAGGGGAGGGGCAUAGGAAGGUUGAGAGGUACACAGGAGGAAGAAAGGACCUGGGUUACAGGAAGUCAUCCCGGGAAAGACAAAGUGGCUGUCAUGUGACUGAGGAGACGGAGUCUGGUGACAUCCCAAUGGUUUUCCCACACAAAUGCUCUCUUUGCAAGUGUGUGCUGAAUUCCAUGAAGACAUGGAAAGACCAUCUUUCAGGUGUCCGCCACAAAUUGCGUGAAUCAGAACGAAGUACUCGCUCAUUUCCACCCCCUAAAAGACCCAGCAACUCUGAAUGGGAUCACUACAUGUCCACCAUGUCAGACCACUUCUACCCUCCUAAGUCCAAUACAAGAGUGGUAGUAGCCAAGUUUCCUAUGGGUGCUGUGGCCUUAGGGGAGCUUUUAGAGCUUGGAAAACCAUUCGGGACAAUUGUGAAACACCUGGUGUUCCCAACAAAGGGAUUUUUGGAGUUUAAUUCUCACAAGGAGGCUCAGAAUAUGGUCAGUCACUUCAAGUUGAAACCAGCCUUCAUAAAGGAGAACCCAAUAAUCCUGUACUUAUCACCAACAGUUGAAGGCAUUCAUGCACCCAACAAGUUUGAUGCGCCUUCACCAAAACGAACGAAACGUUCAAAUGCGCCUUCGGUGGUUUGUUUUUCACGUUUGCCUUCAGGGGAGGCCGUGGAGGCUGAAGUGCUGGAGCUUGCAGGCAUGUUUGGUGAGGUGUGGCAGUCAAAGUUCACUGACUGUAAGGCCUUGAUUGAGAUGGUUGACUGGCGUGAUGCUGACAUCAUGGUGAAGUAUUACUACAGUAACCCACUGAGGAUUCAGGGCAAAAGUGUUAAAGUGUCCAUGUCGCACAUCACAACCCUGAGAGAUAAUAGUCCAGAGUCCAGAAAAUCUGACUCAAGCAAGUACAGAAGACAAAGAGAAGAGUCUGUAUCUAGUAACAAGGACAAAGGCGACAGCUCAAACCAGGAUGCCACAGAGAAAGAAGAUGAGUUGAUCAAAAGUGAAGACAAGGUUCUUGAUGUUGAGGAGGGAAUUCAGUUGGAGGAUGAAACUGGGCUGCUUGAUGAGGGGUCAGAAGGCAUUGUGGCUCAAACUGAGGAGAAAGAAAAAAAGGAAGAGGAGGAAAAGAUGGAAGAGGAGAAACCUACCACUGCUGAGGAGGAGAAUAGAGAGAGAGGUUCAGAGCAGAAUCAAGAGGAAGAGGGUGAUUUGGAUGAUGCAGAAUUUCCAAAGAACAUAGAAGAUUUUGUUACAUUGGAUGAGCUGGACAACAAUGCAGGAGAUUCUUCUGUGCCAGAGGAUAGUAAAGUAGUGGUGCUGUGGCCUGUAAAGAACCCUGACUUGAUGAAGGAUCUUUACAGUCUCUCUGCACCCUUUGGCGGUAUGGUGAAGCAUACUUUAUCCAUGUUCAGACAAGAGGCUAUGAUCGAACUGGAAACAGCUGAAAAAGCCCAGGAAAUGGUGCAGUUCUACAGCAAUCACAAGGCAACAAUAUGUGGCAGGCAGGUGUCAGUUUCCAUGUGCCUUACCAUGAAAACAAUAGAGAGCCCAAGUGGGAGAUCCAUUUUUAUCAGCGGUCUUCCCAACCAGAGGUACCUACGACAGAAAUACACAGACAAAUCCCUCUUCGAACUGACUAAACCUUUUGGAAGACUGACUGGUUACUCUCUGCACAGGUAUCAAGGAACGUGUUACAUGCAACUGGAAAGUACAAAGGCAGCUGAAAAAAUGGUUGCAGAGUACAGUCGGAGGCCUUGCGAAUUUUGGGGGUCGGUGCUGAAAAUAGCUAUGUGCAGGAAAGGGGAUUCUCUGAUUCGCUGGUCAUUAAAGGAGUAGCUCACCCAAAAAUGACAUUUUGAGGAAACUUUACUCACCCUCAGGCCAUCCAAGAUGUAAAUGAGUUUGUUUCUUCAUCAAAACAGAUUUUAUCACUUGCUCACCCAUGGGUCCUCUGCAGUGAAUGGGUGCUGUCAGAAUGAGUGUCCAAACAGCUGAUAAAACAGAACAAAAAUCCACAAGUAAUCACACGACUCCAGUCCAUCAGUUAAAUGCUUCCUGUGGUAAAAAAAGGCCAUCCCUUGUUGUCCUCUCUCAUCAAAAUCCACAGACGUAUUUGCUUAAUAUAUGCAUAUUUCCCUCCUGAUUGAGAAGAGACAACUUUUUCACUGGAGGAAGAAAUAUUAUUGUUAGAGGACUUGUUUUUGUCAGAAGCAACCAUUGAAAAUUAACAUCUUAAUGAUGAAUUAGUUUCUUAAAAAACAUGCAGCUAUUUGCCUCACAAGAUGUUAAUUGAUUGAUUGGAAUGGUGUGGAUUACUUGUGGGUUAUUGUGAUGUUUUACCAGCUGUUUAGACUCUCAUUCUGAUGGCACCCAUUCACUGCAGAGGAUCCAUUGGUGAGCAAAUCAUGUAAAGCCAAAUUUCUCCAAAUCUCUUCCGAAGAGAAAACAAACUAAUUCACAUCUUGGGUGGUCAGAGGGGUAAGUACAUUUUCAGCCUAUUUUCAUUUUUGUGCUAUUCCUUUAAGUGUGGGCAUAUUCAGAUUUUUUGUUUUUUAAGUUAGACUGUUUUUUUUUUUGUCUUUUCUUUUGUUGUUUUAUUUGGAACCUAACAGAAUGCCUUUUAAUACAUUUUGUUUGCUUGUGCUAUUUAUUUAUUUUUUAUAAAUAGACAGAACUGAAGACAGAACUGCUUGUGGUUCCAGCAAACCCAUCGUUUCAUCACAAUUUCACCAUCGAGUUAGGCACAUCAACCAUAACUCCUUCAAAAACAGCCAGAAACCUUGGAGUUAUGAUUGAUGAUCAGCUGACUUUCUCAGACCACAUUGCUAAAACUGUCCGGUCCUGCAGAUUUGUUUUAUUCAACAUCAAGAAGAUCAAGCCCUUUCUUUCGGAACAUGCAGCACAACUCCUUGCUCAAGCUCUUGUUCUGUCCAGGCUGGACUAUUGCAAUGCACUCUUGGCAGGUCUUCCAGCCAGUUCUUUCAAACCUUUACAAUUAAUCCAGAACACAGCAGAAAGAUACAUUUUUCAUAACCCGAAAAGAAUACACCCCUUUUCAUCAAUCUGCACUGGCUACAAGUAGCUGCUCGCUUAAAAUUGAAGGCAUUGAUGUUUGCAUACAAAACUACCACUGGCUCUGCACCCCUUUACCUAAAUUCAUCAUUUCAGACUUAUGUGCCCUCUAAAAGCUUCCGUUCUGCAAGUGAACGUUGCUUGAUUGUGCCAUCCCAAAUAAGCACAAAGUCACUUUUACGGACUUUUAAAUUAAAUGUUCCCUCCUGGUGGAAUGACCUGCCCAACUCAAUCCGAGCAGCUGAG